AUGGGCCGGAAUCGAGUUAUGUCGUUCAUGUCCCAGUUUAGGGACAGAGACUCUCAUAGCCCUACUCGACCACCUCCAUCUACAGGUCGAGCACGAAGUCGAACUGAAUCCUACACACAGCAAGGGUCUCAAGACACAGGAAAGUCGUCCUCGGGAAGAGAGCCAUUUCCAACUUCGAGCUUCCAAAUGCCCUCUCACCAGGAAUCGCCGUCGAGCGAAGUUCGCGCAUCUCCUCAGCCGACUCGAACUCGGGAACGAGCAUCUUCUAGACCAACGUCUAUGGCACAAACCUUUCAGCCUCCACUGAUGGAUGUGAACCAAGAUACUCUACCGGAAUUACAACCAAUUUUCACAUUCUUGAAUAGUCACAGCAAUAAGCUGUACCAGGAAGGGUAUUUCUUAAAAUUGGAUGAUCAAAACAUACAUGGCAAGGCCAAUGCCGACCGAACCUGGACAGAGUGUUUUGCACAGCUUGUGGGAACUAUCCUUUCAUUGUGGGAUGCUGCAGAGUUAGAUGCGGCUGGCCAAGAUGGAGAGGUCCUUCCAAAGUUUAUCAAUCUCACAGAUGCCUCGAUCAAAAUGAUCGAAUCCCUUCCCACGAGGUCACCCACAGAAGCGCCUUUGCAGAAUGUCCUCAGCAUAUCAACAGCUGGCAAGAAUAGAUACCUAUUGCACUUCAAUUCACAUCACUCGUUGGUUCAAUGGACCGCCGGUAUCCGUCUCUGUAUGUUUGAGCAUGCGUCAUUACAAGAAGCGUAUACAGGUGCGCUCAUUGCUGUCUACGAUACGUUUGGUCUGUAUGGACGUCCUGGUCGUUUGAUUGCAGAGACAAAUGAUACCAGAAGUUUGAUGUUUGCAAUGCCAGAACACCGAAGAUAUGGAUAUUUAGAAACCCUCGAUGUUUCAAGUCUAAUAUCAGAGCCAGGUAGCGCUAACUGGCUAGAGUCUGAAUGGAGAGGAAGAAUGAAAGAUUUGACAGCUAAGCGAAUGGUGACUCUCAGAAACAACAGCCAAAGAAAUAGCCAGUACGGCAGUAGAAGAAGUCGCAAUAGUGUAGGAAAUCCUCGAACUCGCCUUCAGUUUGACGAUGCAGCAUCGGUUAGAUCAUCGCCAUCGAUACAGUUUGGUGCCCGUCCGUCGGGAGAUGUUGGCUAUAGCGGCCUCCCUAGAACUGAUUCGACACCUGUUGCAUUUCAACCGUCAAAGACCUCAGGACCGUCUCAUCAAAGGUCAAUAUCUGAAUCUCUACCACCAAGCCGUGAUCAAAAUCAAAAUCCUUCUGUCUUUGAUGGAGCUUUUGAACCUGCUCCUAUUCCACCUCUGCACACUGGCUCAGGUUUGAAAUACGUACAAGAUGCUACACCUUCCCCCGACCGCCUCAGUUCAGAGGAUGAGCAAGCAGCCAGUGCAACCCCAGUUCGCGAACUACAAGAAUUGCAAACGGUUACGAUUCCAGAACCUGUAGCUGCACCCCCAGCUUUCAAACACGCGCCGGGCGCUAAACCCCCUAGCAAACCCCUGCAAUCAACAGAUCUUCGAAAAGCGAACAAUCGCAUGUCUACUGCAACAUUAUCUCAGUUAACUGGUGCUGCCGGUGCUGCAGCCACUUACCAAAGUCAAGAUCGACGAGGAUUGAAUGCUCAAACGCAUGAUAGAAUAGAGGAGGAUGAAGAUCAAGGUAGAGGGGUACUGUCAGACGUCACCAGAUAUCACCAUAUGCCUGCUAACCAUAACAUCAUUAAUGAAGGCAUCGUAGCAACCUACGAACCUCGUAACGAACAAGAGCCAACUCUUCCCUCGAACCGCGAUCAAAUACCGUAUCAAAACCAAUACUAUCAAUCUAAUAAUACAAAUUUUAAUUCAAGAUCACAACCGAAUCUCUCAAACGAUAUGCUCCCACCAAAGAACUCCUCAAGCCAACCAUCUCGUUUACAGACCAGCCAAAGCAUCUCAAGAAAGCCUCUCCCUACACGCGAAGAGAACCAAUCAAGCCCUAGUUCGUCGCACCCACCUUCCAGCUCUGGCAGCUUGACUCAGCAUAUUCUCGAUUCAGGCGCUUUCGACUUGAUACUGCCUAAAGCAGACGACUUUAAGCUCCCGCAGAUGAAUAGACACAAUAGCGAUUUAAGUAGUGCAUAUGACGACGCUGCAUCGACUGGUACCCCAGAUUAUGCCAGUACCAAAAAGUCUGUGCGGUCUGUACGCACGCAAGAGUCUGUCGAAAAGCCUCGAGCAGGGAAGAAGAAGAUCAUCGGCAAUAUCGAAGUUGGGCAACCACUUUAUGGUGACGAAAACACAUUGUCAAAAGGGGUUGAUAUCGAUUUUGGUCCUACCUUUGAUCUCAAUCGAGCGCCCGGCCAAAACUCUCCAAGUCCGCCUCCUAAACAGAAUAAUUUUAAUCAGUCCAGUCCUGAAAAGCGUCCAAGUCAUGAAAGAUCUCCAAGCGGCAAUGCAGUAGCUUGGCAACCUGGAAUGAGCGCAACCGCUGCUAAUAAUACCUUUGGCCACAAACAAGGUAUGACGGCGGAAGAGUAUGUUCAACAGCGUUCCAUGGUUGCUGCUACCACACCGCAAUAUAUCCACCAACGUCAACCUUCGGGCAACAUUCUACGUGCAACUUCUCCUACGCCUGCACGCGCCACACCUUCCCCAACACCUGGACGAUAUACCCCUUCCCCUACGCCAGGUCAAACUUCUAAGCGUUCCAGUGCACUUAUAGGUCAACAUUCACGCCACAGCUCAGCAGAUUUAUUAAAUUUCAAUGAAGGACAUGGUCAAAAUCGUCACUCACGCCAUAGCUCAGCAGACUUGUUAAAUUUCAAUGAAGGACAUGGUCAAAACCGUAACUCACGUCGUAACUCAACAGAUCUAUUAAACUCUGCUGAAGUAUAUGGUCAACAGCAACAUGCACGUCGCAGUUCAGCCGAUCUCUUACGUCCAAGCUCCAGAGGUGCAAACAGAGUUUUAGGGCCUUCUGGGAAUGGCACCGUUACAACGAAUCUCUCUGCCCGAGAGCAGGCCUUUGUUGCUAAAAUUACUGGUGGACCCCUAAUUGCCAUGGUUAAGAAUACCAAUAAAGAUAACGUUGUUUCUGCUGGCCUCGUUGGAGCUAUUGGUUCGCGUGAGAAGGAAAAGCAACAUGUCAAGCAAGGACUCAAAUCUCAGUCGAUACAGCAUGCAAUUGCACUUCGUCAACAGCAAUUGGCUCAACAACAGCAACAACAGCAACAGCAGCAAGCUGAGCAACGUCGUCUUGAUCAACAAUUAGCUGAACAAACUCGUCUUUUGCAACAAACUGAGCAGAACCGUCGCCAGUCCCAAUAUGCUAAUACCAACUAUUCACCAUCGCAGUUUGCAGUACCAAGUAAGAGAGGUUCAUGGAUGGGGCCAAACUUUCCUCAGGCAGCGGCAUGGACAACACCAGGGCAAUCACCAGGGCAAUAUCAAACAACUCUGGCCCACUCACCUGGUCAAUAUCAAACAACUAUGGCACACUCACCUGGUCAAUAUCAAACAACAUUGGCUCACUCACCUGGACAAUAUCAGCCAACGUUGGCUCACUCUCCUGGUCAAUACCAAACAACCUUAGCACAUUCUCCUGGAUAUCAAGCUUCCCCUCAUCAAUAUUCUCAACAACAACAAUAUUUCCCUCAAUAUCCACCAACGCAAGGACAGAGGAACUCUGGAUACUAUGGGUAG